AAUGCAACAUCUCCACCAAAGAAGAAGCAAAGAACACCAACCAGAGCUUUACUUCUUCUACUGUUGACAAUGUGCAAAAAGCUGAAGAUGUUCAUGAGAAAGAUACAAACUUGCUGCUUAUUCACUAGAUUCUCCAAAAGGGUAGGGAAUUGUGGUGAGUUCGAGGAAGAGUGUAAUGCUGCAUCAGUGAUUCCAAGUGAUGUGAAGGAAGGGCAUGUAGCAGUGAUUGCGGUUAAGGGAGAGAGAAUUAAGAGGUUUGUUUUGGAGCUUGAAGAGUUGAACAAACCUGAGUUCUUGAGGCUGCUCGAACAGGCCAAAGAGGAGUUCGGGUUUCAACCGAGAGGACCUCUGACCAUUCCAUGCCAGCCUGAAGAAGUACAGAAGAUUCUACAAGGAAGUAGAGAGUCUUGAUUUUUGAUUUGUAGAGCAACAUUGUUAGUUGAAAUUCUUUUCUUACAAGAAUUUACCAUUCUCUCUCUUAUUACAUAAAAACAUGUUAUUAUA